CAAUGGCAGACCUUCCAAGGUUCUAAGUCCAAGUGGCUCAAGGCAGAGCCUCAUUUCCCCAGGGCGCUCCUCCUUGUGACUUCACCCACUGAAGUCACCUGGGAGACAGUGCUGAAUGUUCCAUCCUAGAGUCUUGGCCUCUUAGGAGGCAGGGACAGCAGGCCCAGCCAGCCCAGAGGACUCUCUGUCCACAGUGUAAAUGAGGACGCUGCUGGCCUGCAGGGAUGUAGAAGGCAGCCUCAGAGGCACUGGUUGCUCCCUGCACUAUGGAUGACACUGCCAUCCUUAAACGACGAGGCUACAUCAUGGGGAUAAAUUUAGGAGAGGGCUCAUAUGCAAAAGUCAAAUCUGCCUACUCUGAGCGCCUAAAAUUCAAUGUGGCAGUCAAGAUCAUCGACCGCAAGAAAGCCCCCACGGACUUUGUGGAGAAAUUCCUUCCCCGGGAAAUUGAGAUUCUGGCCAUGCUAAACCACCGCUCCAUCAUCAAGACCUACGAGAUCUUUGAGACAUCUGAUGGCAAGGUCUACAUCGUCAUGGAGCUUGGGGUCCAGGGCGACCUCCUAGAAUUCAUCAAAACCCGAGGAGCCUUGAAAGAGGAUGAUGCUCGCAAGAAGUUCCACCAGCUCUCCUCAGCCAUCAAGUAUUGCCAUGACCUGGACGUCGUCCACCGAGACCUCAAGUGUGAGAACCUUCUGCUCGACAAAGAUUUCAACAUCAAGCUGACUGACUUCGGCUUCUCCAAGCGAUGCCUGAGAGAUGACAGCGGCCGCCUGACAUUAAGCAAGACCUUCUGUGGGUCAGCGGCUUAUGCAGCCCCCGAGGUGCUGCAGGGCAUCCCCUACCAGCCCAAGGUGUACGACAUCUGGAGCCUGGGCGUGAUCCUGUACAUCAUGGUCUGUGGCUCCAUGCCCUUUGAUGACUCCAACAUCAAAAAGAUGCUGUGCAUCCAGAAGGAGCACCGCCUCAACUUCCCACGCUCCAAGCACCUGACGGGAGAGUGCAAAGACCUCAUCUCCCGCAUGCUACAGCCGGACGUCAACCGGCGGUUGCACAUUGACGAGAUCCUCAGUCAUUGCUGGGUGCAGCCCAAGGCAUGGGGUCUGUCCUCUGCAGCCGUCAACAAGGAAGGGGAGAGCUCCCGGGCCACUGAGCCCUCAUGGACCCCUGAACCUGGCUCUGAAAAAAAAUCUGCCACCAAGGUAGAGCCUCAGGAAGAGGCCCAGCCCAAGACCAAACCCAAGGAGGACACAGUGCAAGUGGCUAGGCAGUCAGAGACGGUGAGCAUCAGCAACGAGCAGCUGACCAAAGAGACAGAGGCAGGGACCCCCCAACAGCCUCCAGAGACACACACCUAAUGAGCCUCUUGCGGCCCAUGGGGCCGGUAAGGAAUGAGACAGAGCUCAUGGCUUGAAGCCUGAGCUUAGAAGUCAAGAGACGAGCCAGUACUGGAUGAGCUACUAUUUUCAUGUCUCUUCUCCCUCCCUUUGAACUUGAUAGCUCAUAUGGCUAAAGAAGCAAUAAAUCACUACAUUAGUGCAGACCC